AAAGCUGAUCUCUUUUCAAAGUUAAUUUUCAACAUAAGAAAUGCGUCGAUUAGAGGUUGAAAGACAACAUGAUGAGUGCGCCGAUCCAGCCCGACGAAGUCCGGAUCGACCACAAUGCAACGGCUGCCAGCCGGAAGCAGCAGGCGAAUACAGCUGUGGCUCGUGCCAAUGUCGACAACCUGCGAGAUGAUCCAGAAGCGCGAGCUGCGUUUCUUUCGACUUUCUCUGCGGAAGAGGAAAGAUCCGUCAUCAACAAAGUUGACAAGGCCUUUUUGGUUCUUAUCGGCGUGAUGUUCAUGAUCAAGCAGAUCGACCAAACCAAUGCUGCAAAUGUUCGAGUGUUGCAAGCAGGAGAAUCUCGAAACAUCAUGAAAGAGCUCGACAUGACGUCUGAUCAGUACAACUGGGUUGGAUCCAUCUACGGUAUUGCCUACAUCAUCUUCGAAAUGCCCAGCAAUCUGCUUUUGAAGCGUAUGAGCCCGCAUCUUUGGCAGUCUCGUAUCUUCCUCACCUGGGGAAUCAUCACAGCCUGCCAAGCUGCAGCUCAGAAUCGGCAUCAACUUUAUGCCAUGCGGUUUCUGCUUGGAGUGUUCGAAGCUGGCAUGUUUCCGGGUAUCAUGGCUCAAUUGUCGAGUUGGUAUCGUACGGACGAGAUCGGCAAGCCAGUGACUUGGUUCUUCGCAAUGUCUAAUCUGGCCGGUAUCAUCGGAUCUCUGCUUUGUUACGGCAUUAGCUAUAUGAAUGGGAUUCGUGGUAUCAGUGCUUGGAGAUGGGUAUAUCUUCUCGAAGGACUGGCAACCAUUCUCUUUUCUGGCGUUGUCUUCUGGCUGCUGCCAGACUACCCAAAGUCUCCACGUAGCAGUCGCUUCCUGACAGAAAGGGAACAAGAGUUUGUGGAGGCUAGGUUGCCAGAGAAUGCGCCGCUAACAAACGACCCUGAUUUUGCCGGCAAAGAGAUUUGGGCAGUGUUGCGGACACCACUGAUUUGGUCAUUCAUGUUGUCGCAAACGCUCAUCAACAUUGGAGGAUAUGCGCUAACCUGGUAUUUGCCCACGAUUGUCACCAAUCUUGGAUUUGUGGGGUUGCCGAGAAAUCAACUGUUGAAUAUGCCUCCUGCGUUUGCAGCCAUCGUAGGCCUAAUAUUUUCGGCUUGGUUCAUGUCGAGAGCGUAUAUCGUCCGACCAGCCUACAUCAUGAUCCUCAUGUCCGGCAUGGUUGUGUGCUUCGUGCUCUUCUUCACAAUCACUAACCGUUAUAGCAUUUACAUAGCCUGCAUAUUGGGAAUCUUGUUCUAUCAAUCGUACUUCAUUCCGUUCUGGGCCUGGAGAUCAGCGACUCUCUCUGGGUCAACAGGCACAGCAUUCACGCUGGGUCUCCAAUCAGGCAUUGCUCAGCUAGGCGGUGUCAUCGGGCCGCAGCUGUUCCAGUCCAAAUUCGCAUACAACGGCUACAAGACGAGUUUCGCGAUAGCAGCGGCGACUACCAUUGCCUCUUUUGUCGCUAACCUCUGGACGUGGUGGUUGACCAGGAACACGGAAUACGAUGUGAUGAGGGUGAGGAGAAAGAUUUUGAAGGCGCGAAAGCUUGGCAAGGUGAAUUUCGAUGAUGACAUUCGAGUGUUUGAGGAGAGACGUUUUUAUGACGGAAUCAAGCGCCAAGGGGUUGAGUCUGGCGAGGAAAGCUCACAAGCUUGAUGGUACGGCUUG